GUUUGUGUUGCUGGCAGAAUACAAGUGCAGCAUUGCACUUAUAUACUUAUGUCUCCUGUUUCGAUUGUUGGUCAGAAGAAGUACUGCGCUACUACGAUCCUGUACUUUGUUGACCAGAUCUACCCGGCGUGUGGACAAAAGAAUGGCACUAAUCUCCCUCGAGGAUCUCGACGGAUUGGAGGACGAAGAGCUGGACGAUGACAUCACCGACAACCCCGAGCCAAUGGAGGACGACGAGCAGCAGAGGCUGUAUACCCAUUGGCAGGCGAUCGCCAGCACACACCAGGUGUCCAUCCCCCGAGAAAUGACAGGACCAAUUCAAGAGCUGACGCGACGGAACCAAGCCCAAGAGAGAGAGCAGGUCCCCUUUACCUCCAUCUCUCAGCAUGAGAAGCUGGGCGAGGUGCUGUUUGAGGAGAGGGUGUACCCUGCAGGGAAGUGGGCGUGCAUCACUAAAGGGGAGAAGCUGUACGAGCAGAGUAUCUCCAUGGGCUUCAUGAAACUCAUGAAAUUCAUCUGCAAGGAGAACUCCGUCGGACGCUAUUUGGGAAUGACUGUACCCAUUGUGAACAGUCUCCAAAUGCUGGAGGACGGCAAUGGCUUUCAGAAGGACAUCUUGACAGCAUACUACCUGCCUGCUGAGUUCCAAGCCAACCCGCCUCAGCCAACUGACCCAGACAUCACCAUACUCCAAAGGGAGGCUUUACGAGUCAUCACCCGGACGUUCUUCGGCACCACCACGGAGGAGACAAUCAUGCCUCAGAUCAACCUGCUGUGGGAGAUGCUGGGCCCCAGCGAGGAGAUGCAUCGCAACUCCUACAUGGUGGCCGUCUACGAGAACCCUGGGGUCUCCUGCCGCAGAAACGAGAUCUGGUUCAUCCGACGAGACCCCUAAAUCUCUUAUAACAUCCCCCUGUCCCCUCUUGUAUCAUCCCAACACCCCCCUAUCCCACCCCCCUUCUGUGCCACUAGGGUCGCGUUCAUUGGGCGAUAAAAGGAAUAAAAGAGACAAACAGGGAGGGACUACCUAGACUUGGUCAAAUAAGCAAUGCUCAUUUUGUAAAAUGUUUUUUAAAACGUUUGUUUUUGUUUUUGCGUGCCCUAAUGAACACAACCCCCAGAUGAUUCCUGUAAUGGGGAUAUAGUAUGGAUUAAAAUGGGAGGAAUGGCUCUUGGGUUGGUUUUAGCUGUAGAGAUGACAAGAUGACUUUAAAGAUAGUAUUAGGUAUACAGUAUGGAAGAAAUACUUAUUUAUCAUUCACUGAGAUUGUAUGUUUUUUAUGCACUAGGGGAGCACAAGAAAAUUCUAACUUCAGUGGCAUUUAUACCAUAUACACAACCAAAUAUGGUAUUUAAAAUAAAAGUAUAUUGUAUCUCGGUGAAAAACUGGCUGGGCAUUACAAGAGUUAAACUCUGUUAUAUUUCCGUCAUGUUUUAUCUAUAUUUUAUUUUUCUUGCUUUUUGUAUAACAAAUUUGGGAUUAUCUAAUCAUUGCAAACUAGUGGCACAUAAAAUGUGUGAACCCGCUAUUUUAGAAAUGGACUGAAAUUAAUUUACAUUUGACAUUUUAGUAAUUUAGCAGACACUCUUAUCCAGAGCAACUUACAGUAGUGAGUGCAUACAUUUAAAACAUUUUUUUCGUAAUGAUGUUGAUACCAUAACGUUUUUCUAAACUAUAAUGGUUAUGUCUUAUAGGACUGUAACCUACUACUAAAAUGUUGUAUUUGCAGUUGACUCGAGUAGGCAUCCAGGUUUAACCUAUUGUUAUCCAUAUCCAUAGGUAAUUCUGACACAACUUUAUCAUUCAAAGUUACUUGCUAUGAUAUGUGGUUGCCUUCUUACUCUUAACUGCACUGUCGUUGAAUUUUAUCCUGCUAGUGAAUUAUUUUGCCCACACUCUGCUACAUUACCUACAUUUGAGGCUGGAUUUUGGGUAUAGGUGUCCGAAUAAGUAAACAGCUGUUCUCAAACAACUAUCCCCCUUCCCCCAGCCUCAAAAUGAUAGACAGAUUUGUCAUUCGUAACCUUCAGUUGCCACUAGGUGGCAACCAAACAGUAAUGUUUGUAUUAUAUUUUUUUUGUCUAUUGGUGAAUAGCGAAUAUCUCACAAAUGAAUAGAUUGGUUUUGGUGAGGUUAGUUGUAAAUGGAGCUUUCUGAGACUGGGACCAGGCACUUUAGAUUUUGAUGAAGGUUCAAGCUUUUUAAAGAUCCAUAAUUAUAGUUAAUGAUGGUUGAGGAAUGGAAGUUUAAUUAUAGUGACUUAUGAAUCUGUUCAGCAUGGCCAAAUGAUGUGCUCUUACUGUGCUUGCCUCUUUUUUAUAUAUAUGCAAUUUUCCCAGAAUAAGUGUAUUCGGUGUAUUUGUUUGUAUUUUCCAAUAAUUAGUACGGUAUACUUUUGAUAUGUUAAACUUUAACCUGGCCUCUCUUUUAUGACCUUGUAUUUCUAUGCUGUUUUCAACUGUUUCAAAGCAUACAUUUUAAAAUUGCAGUGUGAAUUGUA